AUAUGAAGUUAACCAUAGAAUCAGUCAUACUCAUCACGGCACUCUUUGCUGGCGCUUUGGUUAAUGGAGAGAAGACUCCUGAUCCUUCAAAAGCCAGGCUUGUAAUUGCAUGUUCUAAGGCGUUUAUUUGGGCAGGAAGUAUUGACAAAAGCCAACCAAUUAUCAGAGAACUUAUAGACGCUUAUCAUAAUAGCGACGAUGACGAUAAAAAAGCAAUAGAAGAUUAUAAACAGAUAUUGGAUAAACAUAAAAAGCAAAUAGGAGAUUCCGGCAAAAACAUGUAUAAAUGUAUGAAUGAUUUGGCCAUAGCAGGUAGAUUUGACGUGCAGGAUUUUGGAGAGUGUAGGAAAAUUUUUACCAAUGAAGAUAUAACGAAACUCCUAACUCCAAUAGUAUUGAAAGAUCUAAAAACAUCUAGUGAAAUCAAGUACGAUAUCAAAAAUGCUAUAAUCGCAAAAUAUAAAUGUAACGAUCCUGAGAAUAAGCAUAAACCCGAAUGCGGUCUACCAGAAAAAUAUGAAACAUGUAGAAAAAACAUUGUUGCAGCUUAAUAAUCUGGUGGUAAUCCUAAUUAAAUAAUUACAAUCCA